CGGUCCGCUCGCUCAGUGCACAGUAAGCGUACCGCAUAAUAUAUACACAUGUUCACCGGGUCAGUGUGCGGCAGUGCGUGUCAAUCAUAAUAUUUGCGAGAGCUCGCGCGGUUUUUUUAUUUUUAAACAUUUUAAAUCCGUUUUUUCGUUACAAAAACAAAAUAAUAUAUAAUUUUUUUUAUUCCGUACGGACUCCCCGUGUAAGUGUUUGCACUAAGUUUUUAUAUAUCUACUAGCUCGUCGCGAUAUUUCCGUUGACAUUUUACACUCUGCUUGGAUUAUGGAUAUGCCCUAUGGAUAAAUCGGUACAGCUCGCAUGAUAUUCAUUAUCGUCCACGCCCGGUGGACUCGAACUCAACAAGGGUUGGUGAUUCUGCGAUCCGUCGAGUGUGUGAGAAAUGUGCAUGGAAAACGGGUGAAGACUCUUUGAACCGACCGUUUACCGCCCUUUCGACGGUACACAAACUCACGCACACGACAUCUCAAAGCACACGUUUUUUAAAUCGUAAGUACUGUGAACAAACAUGUUGAACUGUACCGAUCCGGAAUGCAUAUUGCACCACCACCACGUGGAUUCGAUUCAGCAUCACUUGCAGGAUGACCGGCAGCACCACGAACAUUCAUCGAUUAUGUCCGGUGAUGCGAACAAUAAUUUAUUCCAAGGAUUCGUCAACAACGGCACAAAUCAAGAAUACUCAUCCGAACAUGUCGAUGCUCCAAAUGAAGGAGUAUACAUGGUAUGCGGUGUUCUCAUUGCAAUGGUGCUUGUCGCUGUGAUAAUAGUAGUAUUGGCCGUAACUAUAAGCAAGCUCAGGAAACGUGAGGAAACUGCUGCAGCGGCUGCCACAGCAGCUGCUUCAGCCACCACCACCACCCCUACAGUAGUCAACAACAAUAACAACAAUAAUGUUGUCGAUUGCCAGUUGCCACAUGCCCAGCCAUUAGAGGCCACAAUUGUUACCAAUGUAUCGUGCGAAGUGGGCGAGACUCCUGUACCCUUGCCUUUCCUGUGGCAAUACUCGGCCAAAAACGCUGCAGCCAGGAGUACAAAUGGGUACAAUUCACCUCACAGGAUGUACAACUUUGAUCAGGACACAAUGUGCACUAUACCCAUCGAAGAAAACGGUGAUCACCGAAAAGGAAUACGCAAAAACUUGCGAGGCAAAUGGCGAAGGCUGGUGCAUAAAAAGCAACAGCAACAAGAUGCCUAUAAAAUACCUGCUGAAUUACGGGAUCAGCUCAAACAGAUUUAUGUCUACUGAUCCUCCAAUUGCUUUUCGAGACAAUCCACCAACCUAUCAAAUUUUCAAUCUAUUAUUAUUUAUUUGUAUGAUUUUUUUCUAUGAAAGUGGACAAAGUAAUCUUGUAUGUUUUUUAUAAAUUACUUAAAUAAUAAAUUUUCAUUCCUCUUAGAAAUUUAAGUUAAUUUUUAUUUAAUUAUAUACAGCAAUACAAGAUAAAAUUUGACCCAGCUAGUGCUGUAAUUUUGAUUUGAUUAUUUUACAAAACACAAUUUAUAACAAACUAGUAUCUGUUUUUUUUGUGUAGACUAUUAAACAAACAUGAAAUAAAGAGAAAACUUGCAAUGUUAAUUAAAUUUGAAGAAUCUGGUGCCAUUUUAAUUUCAUUAUGUUAUUAUUACUAUUUUUUUUUCAAUUCGUGAUAUAGAUAUAAAAAUAUGAUUUUAAUUUGUAUACAACUACUAUAUACAUUUAUAAUACUUGUAGUAGGUAGGUUAUGUAUAUAUAGCAUAGUUAAGACCAUACCUAUAAUAUUGUAUGUUAGUAAUUUUAGUAAAAUAUACUAUUACUAUGUAUAACUUAUAUAGAUUUUCACUAUAUAAUUUAGUAUUUUGAAUAUGAAAACUGUGAGCUUCUUUAUGGUGAUAAAUUUAAUGAAAUAAUAAUAUAAACUUUGAAAGACUUGAAAUAUUGUAUCCCUUAUUGUGCUCGUCAGUGUUUAUUAAGAAUAAUAAUUAAUAAUACACAUACUAGAAUGUCUACAUAAUAUUAUUUAGAUAUAUUGUAGGCUAUUUUUAAUCAUGACUGUAUUUUAUAAAUUAUCACAUGAUUGUCUAUUGCAUUGUAGUAAUUCCACAAAAUCACAACCAGUCCCAAUAGAAAUAAGUUAUCGUUUUAAAUGUUUCAUAUAGACUAAUUGGGAUUAUAUAUAUCUGAAUUAGUUUUUAUUUUUUAAUCUAAUCUGUUCUCCGGUCAGAAAAUGUUACUACAACUGAGUAUAAAUCAUUUUUAAUAAAGAAAAAACUUAAUAACAUUUUUAAUAAGUAUAUCUGGUAAUAAAUUACUCCUUUUCUAUUAUUGAUAAAUCACCAAACGUUUUUGAAAUUUUUAAUAAUAUGUGUACAAUAUUUUUGCUCAUAAAUUGUGUACUAUUGUUUUGUUUUAAAAACAAAGUAAAUACUUCACCAUAUU